GAUUUAAAGUCCCAUUUCGCGUGAGUGGUUGAGCGCCACAGCCAGCAGAAGCGCGUGCUGUGUUAUUAUUAUGGCUCAGUUUAAAGAUAGGAGACGCUUGUCGUCUCUCUUCUAAGACUCUGUCGCUUGUAGACUUUCAGUUAUUUAUUUUUUGUUAAUCUCGUUUCCUCCAGUCAGUUUGUUUGUCGACUAAUAAUAACCGGGAUUAAAAUGGUCAUCAAGGUUUACAUCGCCUCUUCAACCGGCUCGGUCGCGGUGAAAAAGCAUCAGCAAGCAGUGGUGGGCUUCUUGGAGUCCAAUCGGAUCCGUUUCCAGGAAGUAGACAUCACCAUGCUGGAGGAGCAGAGGCUGUGGAUGUUCCGCAACAUCCCCACGGACAAGCGGCCGGAGAAAGGCAACCCGCUGCCUCCGCAGAUAUUCAACGACGAUCUCUACUGUGGGGACUAUGAAGACUUCUUCCAGUCAAAGGAGGAUAACACUGUAUUUGCCUUCCUCGGGCUUAGUUCCAAACCCUCAGUGAAAGAUUCUGAGUCAUAACAUGAAACCUCAGCUACAAGAUGUUCUGUGAUUCUUUAAAAUCUGAAGAUGAAAACCACAUUGCUUCCUGUGUUGCAUCACCUCUUCUCCCGCGUUCCUCCUCCUGCUAAUAUGCCAACAUGUUGCCAAACAUCAACGGCCACGGAUUUCACCCUGCGUGACUUCUCCUGACUCUCUUUAAACACAUCUUUCAAUUUCCAAGAAAUUCCCAAUUCCCGAGAUGGACCUAAUCACAGGAGAAGGUGAUUAACUUCGGGACGGACGUAUUAGUGUUCCCUUUUUAUACAUUGUGACAGCAAAUCCCGGCGGUAGCAUAAGUUCCGUGCAACUUAGGUGGAGCAGUUUUCUGUAGGUCGAUGCAUAAUUGGGGAAAUAACUAAAAACUAGCACCUGUCACCUGAACACACACCUGUGAUCUUUACUGUGUGCGUAUAUUUGCCUUAGUAUGUAUCUCAGUAACCGUUUAAUGAAGCGGUUGCAUUAAGUAAGUGCAACCUGAAAUAACUGUAUGAUGCUUUCCAAGAGGAGACUGUGGCGCUACCGUUUAACCACCUAAGCAGAUGCUAUGAAUCCUAAAACGUAUGAGGGAUGGACCUGAUAUGUAGUCCCCAAACAAAGCUUGCACUUGAAUUAUUCCACUGCCAAUCUAGUUUGAUUUAAGGACAGGGUUUCAGUUAUAUGCUUUUUUUUUAAUCCUAUUUCCUAUAAAUCCAAUAAAAGAUUGACAUCAA